AUGCAGGUGCACAGUGACAGCAGCGACGGGGCUCCCGCCCCCGCGCCUGCACCCAUGCUUGCAAGCUCACCAGCUUUACUCGGACCGACAGGCCCCAAGGGACCAAAAGGCCCACGAGGCCCAAAAGGCCCUACGGGGGAAGCGGGUGAUCCUGGCGACAUCGGGCCACCCGGGCCACCUGGACCCACACUUGUGAUGGGCUACAGCACCUAUGCAAAUCCUUACAUGCUGCCAAUGAUGAACCCUUUCAUGGGAAGCAUGCCUAUGCCACCGAUGCCUCCGGCAGCUCCGCUGACGGCAGCUGGCGUGAGUGCACUUCCGGCAAGCUUGGGAACCUCCGUUCCUGCCAACGUGGCAAUGCCCAACAUGUCAGCUGUUCUGGAAGCGCAGUCCUCGGACAGCCUCCAGGAAUGGACGCAGGCUUCCUCUCCUUCAGACCUCAGUCAUUCCAGCAUCCACUUUCUGGAAAAGAUGCGGAGAUCCGUGGACAAGGUUCCCUGGACUCUCCUGGAUUCGGCCGUGAAUCGCAGCGACAGUGAGAGACGUUAG